CCACCAAAGGUACUCAGUUAUAACGCACUCACUUUCACAGCAAAUGUCAGAUUGCUCCUUUUUAUUUUCCACUGUGCUGAUUUCAGCUGCAGGAGCCACUCGACAUGGCUGCAGACUGCAGCAUAUGUCUCCACUUUAUUGUCAUGAUUUUUUGUUGCUCAGGGAGCAGUGCUAGUAUUUCUUGCAGGAAUGAAGCUGGUGAGCCUGUUGAUUGGUUCAUCAUCUACAAGCUGCCCAAGUACAGGAUUGGUGAGAUUGGGAGUGGGGUGGAUUACAUGUACCUGGACUCAUCAGUGGGGAAAUGGCAGAUGAGUGAAUUUAUGAUUAACAGCAGCCAAGGAGCCAUGGGGAACACACUGGACCAGCUUUAUAAUGAAAAAGUCUACAAGUCUAACAGUUCGGCCUAUGCACUCUACAAUGACGGACCGCCAGUCCUGAAAUACAUCCAAGGAUAUGGACACACAAAAGGGGUGCUGCUCUUUGACCAGAGUCAAGGUUUCUGGCUAUCGCACAGCAUUCCUCAUUUCCCGUCGUUCCCCGAAAAGGGCUACUUAUACCCGUCCUCUGGUAAAGUCAAUGGUCAGACUGCUCUGUGCGUGACCUAUCAGUAUGAACACUUCAUUCGUAUAGCAAAGCAGUUGGUCUACCUUUACCCGCGUUUCUACAACUGCUCCGUGCCCCUUGCUUUCUUGGCUGACCUGCCACAGUUGGCCCAGUUAUGUAAAGGCUCCAAACCACAGCUGACCUCAAAUAAGCAAGUGGAGCAGCUUUUUUCCAUUCAGGGGGAGAAGUUCAUCAGCUUUGCGAAAUCAGAACACUUUGUGGAUGAUAUCUACACAGGCUGGGUAGCUCAAGCUCUGGGUGCCGACCUCCUGGUGGAGUCCUGGCAGAGACAAGGCCACAAGCUGCCCUCCAACUGCUCUCUGCCCAAGCACACCAUGAACAUCAAGAGGAUUCGGCUUUCCAAAUCAGUCCUGUUCCAGUCCUACGACGAUCACUCCAAGUGGUGUGUGUCACAGGCUUAUGAGGACCAGGUGGCCUGCCUGGGAGAUCUGAACAGGGAGAGGGCUCAGCUGUGGCGCGGCGGAGGACUGAUCUGUUCCUUCAAUCCAGUGAUUUACAAGGCCUUCAGACAGGUUGUGGAUUGGUACAUUGGCUGCUGAAGAGGAAAUACAGAUUGGUUGAGAGAAAAGUAGACUCCAAGGGUUCUCCCUGCUUUAAAAUGUGCAGGCCUGAAUGCAGAUGUCAAGCCAUCGAGCCAAAUUAGUUUAAAAUCAAUUUCUGGAAGGAAAAAAAAAGACUUUUAAUGUGUUUCAAUGAAGCACGGUGUUGUUUUAUUAUUAAAUAUCUUGAAUCAAGCUGCAAAUUUAUAUCUCCAUAAAGUAAAGUAUGAUCUAUUUUUGGAGGGGGGGGGGGGGGGGGGGGGGGGGGGGGGGUCUGUGCAGAGUUUCAUGUUUUACCUAUAUUCCCUGUAUGUGCAUGAGUUUUUCCACAGCCUCAGCCACCCCAGAUCGAUGAAUUAACUGUUUGAGGGUAAAUACUGAUAAAUGUGACACUGUGUGACUCUCUGUCUGUAUUUGCUCACUGGCACAUGGGUGACUUGUCCUGCAUUCUACCUGUCUUAUUUGUUCCUAAAGUUUGGAGUGGCCCCAAAACUCACCCUCAAAUAGGAUAAAGCAACAUAGUAGAUAAAUGAAUGAACAGACCAAAAUUUUACGAUAGAGCAAUAAGCAGUGCCACCUAAUGGUCCGAAUAGCCAAAUUACACUGAAUAUAAGGUUGAAGAAAGCAGGGACAAUGUGAGAAAAACUUUUUUCAUUUACAGACUAAACCAUAAAUUCUGCCACAUUAUUACAACUUUUUUUAAAGCUAGAAACUGUCCAGAAGUUGUAUGGUUUCAUUGUUUCGAUUGGGUCUUGUUUGUUGUGGUUGUGGUAUGAUAAAGUAUGCUGCAAAUAUAAU